UUUGAACAUGACACUACUUCACUGACAACAAGGAGGAUACUGCCUGAACUGCUAAAAGGAUGCCUCUCAUGAUGGAUGGAGGUCCCUCUAAACCUCGACUUGAUGCCAUCUGCACAAUGAUUUUCCAUUUCACUGCUGCCGUCCUCUUCCUAACAUGUCCUUGCAGAGGUCAGUCUCAGAUGGUCAGUCCUUCACAGCCAAUUGUGGCAACAGUCGGUCAAGACAUCAUGUUACCAUGCCAUCUGGAACCUGCUGUUAAUGUCACUGACAUGACUGUGGAGUGGACGAGACCUGACCUGAAUCCUAGAUUUGUUUAUGUGUGGCGUGACGGUGUGGAACUAGAGAUGAAAAAACAUCAGUCCUAUGUAGGGAGAACAUCAGUGUCCAUCACCAAACUGAAACAUGGAGACAUUUCACUGAAACUCUGCAAAGUAAAAAUCUCUGAUAAGGGGAAAUACAGGUGCUUUAUUCCCACACUGAGCAGAGAAUCUACUGUUGAGCUUGUUGUUGGUGCAGUCUCCUCACUCACUGUUAGCUUUAUGAGGACUGACAAUGACCUCAGAGGAGCAGUGUUACAGUGUGAGUCUGCAGGCUGGUAUCCAGAGCCUGAGGUGUUGUGGCUGGACGGUGAGGGAAAGCUCCUCUCUGCUGGACCUACAGAGACAGUCAGAGGUCCUGAUGACCUCUAUACUGUCAGCAGCAGAGUGACUGUGGAGAAGAGACACAGCAACAGCUUCACCUGUAGAGUCCAACAGAGGAACAUCAACCAGACCAGAGAGACACACAUCCAGGUUCCAGAUGAUGUCUUCAAUGCUGUGUGUAGUUCUGCUGCUCCUGUCGCCAUCGGCUUGGCUGUGGUCUCCAUUGUUAUUCUUGCGCUUGUCUGUGUUGUAUGGAAAUGGAGAGAGAAACAAAAUAGCAACAACUUUAUGAGAAAAAAAACAAAAGCAACAACAUCAGCUUUAGGUAACGACACAGAACUUCAGUCGCUUAAUGUGGAAAAAAGAGAAACACUUCCAGUCAUGGCUGAGAGCACGACAGUCAAGGAUUUGGAUCAGGAAAAGCUUGAUGUAAAAUUAAAGGAAGUUGAAGAAGAAUGCAAAGAUGUCGAAGGGCUGCAUAAAUUCUUAGUGGAUCACAAAAAUAAUCUGUAUGACCAGAUGCAUCACUUGGCAUUACAACUGCAUGAUACAGAGAUUCAAAGGGAUGAGAUUAUGUCAGUGGUAGAGAAAAUUAAACAGAAAGGAGUAAAUAAUGAUAAAAACGACUCAGAAGAGAAACGGGAUGAAAAACAGCGCCUAUAUAAGAAUACAAAUCUUGAUACAGCAAAGAAAGAACUUGAGAAACGUAACCAGGAAACAGACGUAUUUUUAAGGUCAAUAUUUUGUGGUGUAACCAUGGUUACAGAGAAGAAGAAAGUGUUAGAUAAUCUCAGGGAGCAAAUCAAAAAACAACUGGAGGAGACAGAAGACCAGAGAGAAGAAACUGAAAUAAAAUUCAAGUCAGACCAUAUUGUCUGUUCUGCAACGGUGAUCUACCCUGAAGCAGGUAUGCAAAAUCAUGUGUGGUCUCUGUCAUCACCGGGUGCCAUCUCCUCACCUGUCAUCAGUUUAGCAGGGAUCGACAGAGACAAGGGGGGAGUGGUGUUACAGUGUGAGUCUGCAGGCUGGUAUCCAGAGCCUGAGGUGUUGUGGCUGGACGGUGAGGGAAAGCUCCUCUCUGCUGGACCUACAGUGACAGUCAGAGGUCCUGAUGACCUCUAUACUGUCAGCAGCAGAGUGACUGUGGAGAAGAGACACAGCAACAGCUUCACCUGUAGAGUCCAACAGAGGAACAUCAACCAGACCAGAGAGACACACAUCCAGAUUCCAGCUGAUUUCUUCAUGGUCCCAUCAUGUCCUGCUGUUUCCCUCUUAUCUAUUGCCGCAGUUGUCUUUGUUGUGUUCAAGUGGAGACAACAUAAAAAAGUUUUUACACAGAGAGUGAGAAAAAAUAGGCAGAUAAAAUUGAGGGAGGAGAAAAGAAGAAGAACCAAUCCAACAAACCUCUUUCUGAAACAUUAACGGAGAUAGAGACGCUCUUCGACACUUUGGAAAAGGGAGACAGAAAAGAAACACCUAAAAAGUUUGUGUGGUGGCAUGCCAAACAGCAGCUCAGGGAAGAGCAGCAAAGGAGGGAAGCAGCUGAGAGGGAAGUGGAGACCCUGAAGGAGCAGCUGGAUGCUAAGAGGAAUAAGAACCUGAAGGAGAAAAAGCACAAGUUGAAGAACAACCUGCAGGACCUGCACCAAGAGAUCAAGGAAACAAAGGUGGAAGGAACCAGGAACUUUUUAGAUAAAUUUCGGAAACCCAACUGACAGCAGCAGCUCCAGAACGCAGAAGACAAGGAUUAAUUUUGAGACCAAGAUGAGAAAAAGGAGCCACAACAUGAAAUCUGAGACACUAGUAAUUAUUUUCUAAACUGGAUUGUUGUUGAAUGCCACUGCUACACUGCUAUCACCUACAGACAUUGUAACUGCAUGGUGGUGAUGAAGUUGUAAAUUGCUAUACAUGAUGGUCCACAUACCCCAGAGUUACACUCACACUGGAGCUUUCUGGCAUAAUGUAAAUGCUUUGUCCAGUUGGUAGUGUACUGUCACUAAAAGGUGACAGACAUUACCUCAGCUGGAAUCACUCAUGGACACUUUUAAAGAAAUGUUGGUCAAUCCUUGGGUUAGUACAGUGGCACAACACUGGGUAAACUCUAACCAGUUCUUAUGGGUAGGAAACCAUUGGGUCACCAAUUAAAGCCGGGGUAGGCAGAAAUCUGGAAAAGGGAAAAAACAAACAAACAAAAAAAAAAA